CUGUAGAUAGGGGCAGAGUUUUGGUGUAUGUGUGAGUGGGAGAUGGACCGAGGGCGCUCUACUGACUAGCAGAGGCGAAGAGCGACUCCAAUAGCCAGAACUAUUGAAAUAAUAUACGCGAUCGGGUCGUCGAUAGCCCACUCCAAAUACAAAAUAAGUCGCCCAUCUUUCACAUCUACUUCACACACACUAACACGGCAUUGAUGGUAAUGUAUGCAAGGAAACAACCGAGACUCGGCGAUGGGUGCACCGACCGAAGGGAUUCUCAGCCCUAUCAGACUCUUAAGUACUCAUCCAAGAGUCACCCUGAUCACCGACAUGAGAAGAUGCGUGACAGUAACGACGCCACUCCACCGUGCAAGAUGCUGCGGCGAUCAGACAGUCCAGAAAACAAACACAUGGACAGCACCGGCCACGGCAGAGCAAAAGCCAUCCAUCCACACCGGGGGAGAGACAGAGAAGGAGGGACCAGUAUAUCCCCUCAAGAGAACUCCCAUAACCACAGCUCUCUGCACAGCUCCAACUCUCAUUCGAAUCCCAACAAAUCAUCAGACACGCCAUAUGAGCCGGCAGAUGAUUGGUCUGAACACAUCAGUUCUUCAGGGAAGAAGUACUACUACAACUGCAGGACGGAGGUGUCUCAGUGGGAGAAACCCAAAGAGUGGCUGGAGAGAGAGCAAAGGCAGAAGGAGGCAACCAAGAUGGCUGCAGUGGUCAACAGUUUCCCUAAAGACAGAGACUACAGGCGUGAAGCCAUGCAGGCUACACCCGCCAGCUUCUCCAGCGCUAAGUCUUCGAUUGCCACAGAGAAGCCUUCCUCACUCACACCCUCCUCUUCCUCUGCUGCUGUGUCUGGCUUAAGCGUGGCCAACUCAUCCAGCAGCGCUUCUGGCUCUACAGUCCCGGUUUCUCCGGUGAUGCAGUCUCCGGCCCCGCCCACUCUUCUCCAAGACCCUUCCCUCUUACGCCAGCUCCUCCCCGCUCUGCAAACGGCCCUGCAGCUAAACAACGCCAGUGUAGACAUGGCCAAGAUCAAUGAAGUUCUCACGGCUGCAGUAACUCAGGCUUCGCUGCAGUCCAUGCUCCAUAAGAUCCUGACUGCUGGUCCGUCUGCCUUCAACAUCACAACUCUGCUCUCCCAGGCUACUCAACUGUCCAGCCAAGCCCAGCAGUCCAGCCAGUCUCCGAUGUCUCUGACAUCAGACGCUUCUUCUCCUCGGUCGUACGUGUCUCCUAGAAUCAGCACACCACAGACCAACACAGCUUCCCUCAAACCGCCCCUCAGCACCACGCCAGUCUCCUCACAGACCAAGAUGAACGCUAUGACAGUUAAGUCCAGUUCCCUCCCUCCACCAUCGUCCCAGCAGUCCCUCCCCACAGACAAACAUCACGACAACGGCAACUCUCCACGGACGCUGCAGAGACAGAGCAGUCAGAGAAGUCCGUCUCCAAGUCCAAACCACAUGGGCAGCAACAGCAGCAGUAAUAAUGGUGGUGGUGGUGGUGGUCAAGGACCAGGUGUAGUCAGCGGAGCAAUGCCCCCGGGCUCAGUACCUGCUGGCACAGCUCCAGGCAGAGCAACAUGUUCCUUUACACCCACGCUGGCCGCACACUUCAACGAGAACCUCAUCAAACAUGUGCAAGGGUGGCCCGCGGAGCAUGUGGAGAAACAGGCUUCGCGGUUACGUGAAGAGGCUCACACCAUGGGCAGCAUCUACAUGUCAGAGAACUGCACAGAGCUGAAGAACCUGCGCUCACUGGUGCGAGUGUGCGAGAUUCAGGCCACAUUGCGCGAGCAGAGGAUACUGUUUUUGAGACAACAAAUUAAAGAACUUGAAAAGUUGAAGAAUCAAAAUUCCUUCAUGGUUUGAGGAACUCUGGGUUUGCGAUGUGGUCUUGAAACAGGAGGAGAGAGGGGUAGGUGAAUGAGUGGGCGAAACCCAUUUCAUGCGUGCGGAACCCUGGAGAACCAAAGUUCUGUUGCGUUCUGCUCUGGGCCCAGUCUUACAUUAAACGAGCUGCAGCGAGGUCUUGCUUGGACCGAGGGUGGGUGGGGGGAGGGGAGAGGGGGGCGGAGAGGUUUUCGGAGGAGCCGCCCUCGCCCCGUCCCCUGUACUUGUAGAUUAUUUGUAGAUGUUAUUUCCAUGUUGUAAAUAUAUUUUGUAGAUGAAGCCAUGGGAAGCCAUGCCUAUCAAAGCUUUUGACAUCCAAACGUUAAACUAAUCAGCACCAAGGCAGACUGGGAUCUCAAGUGCCCUCAUUGCCACCAUAUGUAGAACUCUUCUUGACUGCAGAUUUUUAAAUGACAUGAUUAAAAAAACAAAAACAAAACAAAAAGGAAAAAAAAUAUACAAAUGCUCUUCAGAUAUACGAUCGGUGAACCAUUGCCUUGAGCAUGUACCAGACCUGCAUGGAAAA